AUGGAGAAAGGUGAAUCUGGAAAGAAAGAUGAGAUCUACUGCACUUACUGUGUCCAGUCACCAGUGCCUGCCACAAGAACAUGUCUGCACUGCGAAGCUUCUCUUUGUGAAGAACAUAUUAAAGUCCACAGUAAGGCUACGGAGCACAUCUUGGUGGAACCCACCACUUCCAUCAAGGACAUGAAAUGUUCCAUCCACGAUAAGGUCAUUGAGUUUUGCUGUUCCAAGGAUGGAGCCUGUAUCUGUGUGUCAUGUUGUAUCAUCGGAGACCAUCGAGGUCACAAGGUGGACUCACUCAAAGAUGCCUUUGAGAAGCGAAAGGCAAGUAUUAAAGAUGCCUUGGAUAACUUGGCUUUGGAAAGUGAAGAAAAUGAGAAAGAACUUGACAGACUAUUGAAGAAACGAGACAACAUGAAAGGAGCGACCACGGGGGUCACAGAAAGGGUGGCUGCCCUUUUUCGAGAUAUGAAUGAACAGCUGGAGGCUCUUCAGUCCAGGGCCAUGAACGAGGUCUCCAGGCAGGAGCAGAAAGUUAUAUUCCGAGUCAAUGGUUCGACUGAACAACUUGAAAAAAAGAAGGAUGAGCUCUCGAAAAAGAUAAAUCACCUCAAGGAGCUGCGCAAUGUGACCAAUCCAUUAACGGUGCUGAAGGGAACAUCUCAUGAAGUGGUCAAGCGUAGGAGUUCUCAAAGAGCCAGUGAAGGCGAUAAAGAUAUUCAAGUAUCUACUAGUGUAGAUGAGGGCCCCAUAUCCCUCAUCCUACACAUAGGGCUCUUAAACUUUGCAGAGAGCCUGCAGGAUCUCAAGGCCUUACGACAGUUUACAGGUCUUAAGAAGACAAACAUCACGUUAGAUGUGAACACCGCUCAAAAUAAAAUUAACAUAUCCAGCGAUCUGAAAUCCGCUUCUCACUCCACAACAUCUCAGAAGUAUCCGGAAACCCCUGAGAGGUUUAAGUCAUGUCAAGUCUUGAGCACCAAUGAAUUUACCUCUGGACAACAUUACUGGGAAGUGGAUGUGAGCGAAGCCAAGAGGUGGAUCAUUGGGGUGGCCUUUAAGAGCAUUGAGAGAAAGAUCGCUGGUAACGAGUCAUUUCUUGGAUACAACAAUAAGUCAUGGACCUUAUUUUUCCAAAAAUUUCUUGGAGCCUCUCACAACAAUAUACAGAACACAGUAGUCUCGGAUUCCGUAGUGCAAGGAGUUGGGAUCUACCUCGACUAUGAUGCCGGGUACCUGUCCUUCUACCAGCUGAACCCCACCAGACACUUGCACACCUUCACCUCCACCUUCUACGAGCCUCUACUUGCCGCGUUCUACGUAUUUGACAAUAGCUGCAUUAAAAUUAAAAGCUAA